CCCCCAUUUAUGCCACUGGCCAUUAUCUCUUCAUUUACAAACCACACUUCACUCUCUUCUUUCUCCACAUACAUACUGAUCUCUCUUUGACAGGAAAAAAUAAAAUUCUCGUCUUUUCAUAUUGUAGUUUUGAUUUUAGGGUUUGUCCAUUGAAAUCUGUUGGAGUUCUUUGAAAUGGGAAGGUCACCUUGUUGUGACAAAGUGGGGUUGAAGAAAGGGCCAUGGACACCUGAAGAAGAUCAAAAGCUUUUGGAUUAUAUCAAAGAACAUGGCCAUGGGAGUUGGAGAGCGUUGCCUUCUAAAGCUGGACUUCAAAGAUGUGGAAAGAGUUGUAGAUUGAGAUGGAUUAAUUAUCUUAGACCCGAUAUUAAAAGAGGCAAAUUUAGUUUGCAAGAAGAACAAACCAUUAUUCAACUCCAUGCUCUUCUUGGCAACAGGUGGUCAGCCAUUGCAACUCACUUACCAAAAAGAACAGAUAAUGAGAUAAAAAAUUAUUGGAAUACACAUCUUAAGAAAAGGUUGACUAAAAUGGGGAUUGAUCCAGUUACCCACAAACCCAAAAAUGAUGCUUUACUCACUGCUGAUGGCCACUCCAAAAGUGCUGCCAAUUUAAGCCACAUUGCUCAAUGGGAAAGUGCUCGUCUUGAAGCUGAAGCUAGGCUUGUUAGAGAAUCAAGAUUACGUACUUCUACUACUGCUACUACUACAAACCCUCCUUCACCUCUCCUUUUGACUAAACCCGAACCACCACCCGCCAUCCCUUCCCGAUCGCUGGAUGCUUUGAAACCCUGGAACCACGGUCUGGGUCGUGGAAUUACUAGCGGUGAUCAUCACUUGGAAUCUCCUACUUCGACGUUGACUUUUUCGGAGAAUGUACGAACGGUGAUGGGAACGGGAAGCGGGGGAGAGAACUCGAUAGCUAUGAUUGAGUUUGUGGGAAGUUCGAGUUCUUGCCAUGAGUGGAAAGAAGAGGGAUUUGGAAAUUCUUCAAGCCAAUUACAAGAAGAUCAUCAUCAUCAUCAUCAUCAAUACAAAGAGGGUUUUGAGAAUUCAAUGUCAUUUACAUCUCAUGAAAUGACGUUAUCAAUUGAAGCAACAACAACAACAUGGACAAGUGAAUCAUUAAGAUCAUCAACAAGAGAUCAUCAUCAUAAUAAUCAUAACAACAACCAUAAUAAUGACAUUGUUGAAGAAGGAUUCACUAAUCUUCUUCUUAACAACAAUGUGGAUGAAAGAAAUCAAUCUGAUGCAGGUGGAGGUGAAGAAUCUGAAAAUGGAAGUGGAAGUGAUUAUUAUGAAGAUAACAAGAAUUAUUGGAAUAGCAUUCUUAAUUUGGUCAAUUCUUCUCCAUCUGAUUCUUCAAUUUUCUAAAAUAAAAAGUGAUCAAUUUUAUGUUA